ACCGUGACCUAGACGAGGUGCUCCUCGAGCAACUCAUCCGAGGGGUCAAAGACAUCCGUUUGCGGCGACGGCUGCUAGCAAAGAGCAACCUGACGCUGGCCAACGCUCUGGACGAAGCCAGAGCACAUGAAAUGUCCUCCCAAGCGGCAGAGACACUGCAGAAGCCGGUCCCACAGAAGGCGAGCGCGAAGGCAACUCCGGUGCACCAGGAGGAGGUUCAGACCGAAUCCGACGGUGAAGAUGAGGAAGGGGUCUGCCGCACCGAGAAACGCGACAAAGGGGACCGAGACGAGUGCGGAAGCUGCGGGGGUCAACACCAGCGCCAACGCUGCAAGUUUAAGGACGCAAUAUGUCGGCGGUGUGGGAAGAAAGGGCACCUAGCCCAAGUUUGUCGAGCGGCCCAACCUUCCCGCCGAAAAUUCAAAUCGGCCAAUCAGAGCGCGGAAUCGGCAAGGCGACCCGCGAUUGGCUCAAACAAAAAAGGCGCGGAUUCCAACCAAACAACGGUGGUCAUAGGCCGCGCCUCGACCCAAGUGGAGAAGAAGAUCUUCACUAAGCCAAAAAUAGAGGGAGUACGGUGCCGGCUUGAAGUAGACACGGGAUCAGCGAUCACCAUCAUGUCCUGGGACACUUUGGCGAAGUCGCUGCCGUCCGUCGCAAAGCGCCACCUGCAAGCACAACGGCUACGAGUCCACGAUUACCAGGGGAAUCGCAUCCCUGUUCGAGGGACCACCUCCGUCCGAGUCGAGUACGGCCCAUACAAGAAGACCCUGCCCAUCACGAUCGUCGAAGGAACUCUGCCCAGUCUGUUGGGACUAGACUGGUUUCGUGCCCUGGGCAUGGGAGUGACUGGCAUCUACAAAAGUGACUGUAACCUGAAAGACAUUCUCUUUAACGAGUUCGAAGAUGUCUUCAAGGACUGCCUGGCUGACAAUGACCCGGGGGAGGCGCAAGACUUAGCUGAGGUCCCAGAGUUCCAGCGACGCCAUCAGGUUCCCGAGGGAAACAGCUGGGAAAGUUUCAGAAGUAAUCCAAGGCCGGAUGGCCAAGAAAAAGAGUCAGCCAAUAAUCCAGAGCCCGUUGGCUCAGAGAGAGAGCUGGGAGGAGAAAACAGUCCCUCCGACCAGCUCAAAACACCACCCAGAACUGAACCGCGCAGGUCAGAAAGAACUAGGAGACGCCCAGGUUAUUUGCGUGACUACGUCGAAAAAUAACAUGUAAAUAAAUAUGUAAAUAGAGGCAAAGUGUUUUCUGGGAGGGGAGGAGUGUUAUGUAUUUAUGUUUGUACCUUUAAAUAUUUGAGCGGGAAAUCAGCACGUUGCUGAUUGGACGAAGCCUCCAGCAGAACUGUAUAAAAGGAGAGGUUUUUCCCCCAGCCUGUUGCUGGGUUCACCCUAUAUUA